CUUGAUGAGCCUGUCGGAUCUCAGUCCGGGAAACACCAAGACGGAGAAACCAGCGCAGGAGAGUCUGACAAGAGCAGGGACGUCCGCCGGCUCUCCCGGGAGGCCUCGGACGACAGCGAGGUGUUCGGGGAGGCAGAUGUGGAGGAGAACAAUGGGACCCCCUCUCAGGACACAGCGGUGACAGACUCCAAGCGCACAGCGGACCCAAAGAAUGCCUGGCAGGACGCCAACCCAGCUGACCCCGGGGGCCGCCCCCACUUGAUCCGCCUCUUCUCCCGAGAUGCCCCGGGGAGAGAGGACAACACCUUCAAAGACAGGCCCUCGGAGUCAGACGAGCUCCAGACCAUCCAAGAGGACAGUGCAGUCAGUCCUGAGGGCCUGGAUGUGAUGGCGUCACAGAAAAGACCCUCCCAGAGGCACGGAUCCAAGUACCUGGCCUCAGCAAGCGCCAUGGAUCACGCCAGGCAUGGCUUCCUCCCGAGGCACAGAGACACGGGCAUCCUUGACUCCCUCGGGCGCUUCUUUGGCGGUGACAGGGGUGUGCCCAAGCGGGGCUCAGGCAAGGUGCCCUGGCUCAAGCAGAGACGGAGCCUUGUGCCCUCCCAUGCCCACAGCCAGCCCGGGCUGUGCACCAUGUACCAGGAUGGACAUCACGCGGCGAGAACUGCCCACUACGGCUCCCUGCCCCAGAAGUCGCAGCACGGCCGGCCCCAAGAUGAAAACCCUGUAGUGCACUUCUUCAAGAACAUUGUGACACCCCGCACACCUCCUCCGUCGCAAGGAAAGGGGCGAGGACUGUCCCUCAGCAGAUUUAGCUGGGGAGCCGAGGGGCAGAAGCCAGGACUUGGCUACGGAGGCAGAGCUCCAGCUCACAAGGGACUCAAGGGGGCCCAUGACGCCCAGGGCACGCUUUCCAAAAUCUUCAAACUGGGAGGAAGAGAUAGUCGUUCUGGAUCACCCAUGGCGAGACGCUGAAGCCCUACCUUGUGGUCCCAGAAACCUGUCCUCAGCUUCUUAAUAUAACUGCCUUAAGAUUUUAAUACCGUCCACAUCUACUCCCUACUUGUAGCAAACACCCUCCUGCCUAAUGCCCGUUGAGUUGUGCACACGCUGGGGUCAGGCACGCCGCACCCUGCUGGCAGCUUCUGGCCAUCAGCUAAAUGGAGGGAACGCAGACAGAAUAUGAAGCAGUUACU